AUGUCGAAAUAUUCAUCUAAUCUUAAUUCAAAUGAAACAAACGAAAAUAAUGAAAAUAUACAAUUAAUUUGGCUUGAUAAUUCGAAUUGUCCUACUCAUAUUCAAUCAAAAUUAGUCGAAUUAAAUUCAACUAUUCAAUUUUCUAUUGAUCUUAAUCAAUGUAUAACAUUAAUACAAUCAAUUAAAGAUAAACAAAUAAUUCUUAUAGUUUCAAUGACUUUAGCUCAAACAAUUCUUUCUCAAAUUCAUUCAUAUCCUUUAUUAAUUUCUGUAUUCAUUUUCUGUUCAAAUAUUAAUGAACAACAAAAAAUAAAAUUAAUGAAUGAAUAUAAAAAAAUUCUUCAAAUAUAUUCUGACUAUAAUUUAUUAAUUAAAUCAAUUGAACAAAUAAUAAAUAUUAUCGAACAACAAAUUUUAUCUUUUAAUCUAUUCAAUCAAAAUAAAGAUUUUACAAAUGAUUUAUCAAAGGAUUCAGCAUCAUUUCUUUGGUAUCAACUUCUUAUUGAUAUACUUAAACAAAUACCUGUUAAUGAACAAAUUAAUAAUCAUAUAUUUGAAACAUCUAAGAAGUUUUAUAAAAAUGAAAUAAAUCAAUUUAAAAAAGAUUAUAUAAAAGAAAAAUCUAUUCAAUUAUUUAAUGAGAAAUAUUUUAUUCGUAGAAUAUUAAAUCAAAUUUUACGAACAAAAAAUAUUCAAUUGAUUUAUUUAUUUCAAUAUUUUAUUAUUGAUCUUUAUGAUCAAAUUCAAUUAGAAAAACAAAAAUAUCAAAACAAACAAAUAUUAAAACUAUAUGAUGGACAAAAACUAUUAAAAACUCAAUUAGAUCAAUUAAAUCAAUACAUUGGUUAUUACAUUACACCGAAUGGUUUUCUUUCAGUAUCAUUUAAUAGAAAUAAUUCCAUUGCAUUAGCAAAAAGUGAAAUAUUAUCUGAUGAGUAUCAAUCAAUACUUUUUCAGUUUGAAAUAAAUCCAACAUAUCAAGAAAUAACAUUCGUAGAAAUUCAUGAAAAUCAAGAAUUAAUAUUUAAUAUUGAUACAGUUUUUAAAAUAAAUUCAAUUGAAUAUGAUUCUUCUCUACAAUUAUGGAAAAUAAAUCUUAUCAAUGAUCAUACUUAUCGAAAUAAAUUUCAAACAUAUUUUCAAUCAAUAAAAAAUUUUCGAAAUGAAAAUUCUUUUUUAAUAUUCUUUGGUCAUCUUUUUACUGAACUUGAUCAAUUACAACAAUCAGAAAUAUAUUUUGAUAUUUUACUUAAUUCUUUACCAUCUGAUCAUGAAGAUAUUGCCUCGAUUUACAAUCAAAUUGGAAAUUUCUUGGCGGAUAAAGGUCAAUUAAAAUUAGCACUAGAGAAAUAUCAACAUGCAUAUCAAAUUCGUCAAAAAAAAUUACCAAAUAAUCAUCCACAUAUAGCUAUAUCAUUGAAUAAUAUUGGUUUAAUCUAUAAAGAUGAAGGUAAUUUCGAUGAAGCACUUGAUUAUUGUCAAAAAGCUUUAAUUAUUGAUGAAAUAAAUUAUCCAAAAGAUCAUGUAUUAAAAGCAAUGACAAUUGAAAAUAUAGGUGGAAUUUAUAAAGAAAAACAUUUAUUGCCAAAAGCUCAAAGUUAUUUCUUACGUGCAUUAAAUAUGUAUAAAUGUGUUCUACCACGAAAUCAUCAUUUUUUAACUGAUAUAUUAAAUAGUUUAGGAAAAGUUUAUUGUGAUCAAGGAUAUUAUGAUCGAGCAUUAACAUGUUAUCAAAAAGCAUUUUCUAUUAGUGAAAUUAAUUAUAGAAAUGAUCAUUUACAAAAAGCUCAAACAAUUGAAAAUAUUGGAUUAUUAUAUAAAACUAAUGGAAUGUUAAAAAAAUCUCUUGAAGAACUUUUAAAAGCACUUGAAAUGUAUAAAAGAAUUUAUUCUAAUGAACAUUAUGAUAUAGCUCGAUGUUUUGGUCAUAUUGGACUUGUUUAUGAAGCUAGUAAUGAUUUAAAUUCUGCAUUAAAUUUUUUUAAUAAACAAUUAAAUAUGGAUGAAAAAUCUUUAUCAAAUGAUCAUAAAAAUAUUCAAAUUGAUAUUCAAUGGAUUAUUGAUAUUUAUAAAAAGAAAGGUCAAUUAGAAAAAGCAUUUGAAUUUUGUCAAAAAAAAUAUCAAGAAAAAAAAACUUUACUUGGAGAAAAACAUCCAAUGACAUUAUCUAUCUUUAUGACAAUGAUUGAUCUAUAUGAUGAUCCUAUUGUUAAAAUUAAUUAUUAUAAACAAGUUUUAUCUUUAUAUGAAAAUUUAAUACCACCUGAUCCAUAUGGAACUAUUAAAUGUCUAGAUAUAAUGAUUCAUUUUUAUAUUAAGAGUAAUGCAAUUCAAGAAGCAUUGAAUUAUCAAAUUAAAAUGGUUGAUCUUCAACGACAAUUAUUAACAAAUGAUCAUAUUAAUCUUGCUUUAUCAUUACAAAAAUUAGGACAACUUUAUGAAAAUUUAUCAAAAACAAAUGAAGCAGAAAAAUGUUAUAAAGAAAGUAGAAUUAUAUUUGAAAAAUAUGAAAAUAAUCAUAAUAAUAUUGAAUCUUCUCAUAUGAACUAUUCUUCUAAUUCAAAUUUAAAUCAUCAUGAACAAGAAUCAAAUUUUACUAAAAGUAGAAUAUGUGUUUUACUAUAA